CUUUCAAUUCUCGACUUGUUUUUUUUGGGCCAGGUUUCGUAGGCAUGACUUUGAACCUAAGCACAAUAUUGCAAUGUUGCGUAAACAGAAGCAAUUGUUAAGUCAUUAUGCGAAUAACUGGAAAUUCGACGUCACUGGCGCUAUGGGAGAGGAAGUGUGUGGAUCACCGCAGAUAGUCGUGUUUUUUGGCAAUGACUACAUGAGUUACAAUUACUCUGCAAGCGUCGCACUGAGAAGAUCGUUCGUUGUUUUGUGCAAUUAAAUGGCAUAGGAACGAAUUUUGGUAUCCGAAUAAUAUCAGGUUCUAUGCGGGAUUCUUGUGAGUAGCCGUUUGUCGUUUUCCUUCAAUCAAGUAUCCUUCAAUCUGUAUUCAUGGCAAAAUAUCCGCAGAACAUUUCAGUUUGAGUUGGUUUUUACAUCGGAAUGGAUGCUUUUUUCAUUUCUUUCUUCCGAUUAAGAUUCCAAAGUUGAAACGAUUUUUGAGACAAACUCGCAAAUGAUAUUGAAAAAAAGUGUUGAUUGUUGAAUCGAUUGUGAAAUAAAUUUUUGUGUUUGAAUUGAAAGUGAUUCCAAAAGACUUGUGAUAAAAUGUUAUUACUUCGAUACUAUUUAUUUGCUGCACUUGCGGUUGUUAUUCUCUGUUGGCCACUUAGCUAUUUAAUCAGUUGGUUUUGGCACAAAAGGCGAGUAACAAAAUUUACUCAAAAUUUGCCAGUUAUUGAUGAUUAUCCGUUGCUUGGAUGCGCACUACGAUUCCUGGGGAAAAAUAAUACAGAGAUUAUGGAAGUUAUAGAAAAAGCAUUUGGUGAACGAGAAAUGCCUUUCCUUGCGUGGCUCGGUCCAAAGUGUUUCAUUAUCAUCGAUCAUCCAGAUGAUAUUCAGAUUGUUAUGAACUCAAAGGGUUGCAUUGACAAGAGUGAUGUCUUUCGAUUUUUUAACCGUGGAGUUGGCCUUUUCGCUGCUCCAGCCCACAUUUGGAAGCCACAACGUAAACAGCUAGCGAUGUCAUUUAACAAUCAAAUUUGUUGGUCAUUUUUGCCGAUCUUUAAUCAAAAAGCCAAUGUAUUUGUUCAGAAUAUAGGUGAUCAUGUGGGCAAAGGCGGGUUCGACAUGCUAAAAUAUUCAGCCGCUUGUACUUUGGACAUAGUUUUAGAGUCGGUCUUGGGUACUGCAAUGAAUAUACAGACGGGCGAAAAUAUGCAUUACAUGAAAGCACUCACCGAUUGGCUUUCGGUUGUUGCCUGUCGAAUGUGCAAUGUAUUCUUGCAUCCAGACAUCAUAUACAAACAAACGCAACUCUAUCAAAUCGAGUCGAAUGCACUGGCACGUUCAGAUGCUAUGCAAGAAAAGUUGAUCUUAAAAAAGAUGGAAGAAUUCGACGACAGUAACAAUAACGACAUGGAUGAUGAGGAUGAAGACACACAAUUCGAAACACCGCAAAUAUUCAUUGAACGUUUGAUAAAAUUGCGCAACCGUGGCAUCAUCACUGACCAAGAAAUACGGGAUCAAGUGCAUUUGAUCAUAUUCGCUGGCCAAGAUACUUCUUCAUACACGAUAGCAAUGACAAUUCUUAUGCUCGCAAUGCAUCCAAAAAUCGAGCAACGUGUCAUGGAUGAGUUAAGCUCAGUGUUUGGAGAUUUGCCGAUCGAUUGUGAUUUGACAAUGGAUCAUGUCAACAAAUUGAGUUACUUGGAGCAAGUCAUAAAAGAAACUUUGCGGAUAUAUCCAGUGGCACCGCUUUUGCUACGCCAUUGUACUGAAGACACACCACUGGCAAAUUUCGUUAUUCCAAAAGACACAGAAGUCAUCGUUUCCUGUUUCACAGGCCAUCGACGCAAAGAUAUUUGGGGUGAAGAUGCCGAUGAAUUUAAUCCCGAUCAUUUUAGCAAAGAACUCAGUUCGAAGCGAAACCCAUUCGCUUUCAUGGCCUUUAGUAAUGGCCCAAGAAAUUGCCUCGGUCGAAGGUUUGCUUUCAUUUCCAUCAAAACCAUUUUGGCAAAAUUGCUGCGGAAAUACCGAUUCUCGACACAUUUGGGGAGAGAAGACCUAAAAUUCCGAAUGGAAAUCACAAAUAAACCCAUUUGUGGCAUUGUUCUCGAAAUCGAAGAACGCAUUUCGGGUUAAUGUCAUGAUUUGUUUUUAAAAUAAAAUAAAAAGCCUAAUUCAACAAAAGCAGGACAAAGUAGGAGUAGAUAUGAAUAAGUCCUAGAAAAUAGACCUUCAUACAUAAAUUUUGAAUAAAUAUAGAUUUUAAAUUAAAAUGUUACCUUUUUUAUGUACCUAAUAAAUCACAUUUUGUGGUUAAAAAUA